AUACCACGAAUGUCCAAAUUUGUAGAAGUCACAACUCCACCUCUGAUAAUCUCUUCGCUCGACUCUCUGUCUCUAUCCCUAACCGGCUAACCUAACCUACGGACUGCUGGCGGCGGAAUCCUAACGGCUGCGGCCGAACUCCAAGUGCCACAGAUCACAGCCACAAGUGACAGGCCCUAUCGACGAUCGCAACUCGCAAGUGUAUUACAGUACUACGGAUAUCUGUCUCUCUCUGGCAACUCGCAUUUCACCAAUUCGAAACUCGAAAUCGCAACUCGCAUUCUCUCGACACCUCAGGCUCAGCCUUUCUCUGGAAGGCUGUCAUUAAAUGCAGAUGCAGCAAAUUAGGAAUCAAGGCACAGAAAGAGCAAGCUCUGUGGAAUCGGAAUCAGAAACUGUAGUGACCCUUCUGAUAAAGCACCUUCCUGAUGCCAUUCCUCAUGAAACCCUCUCUCGUCUCUUCUCCCAUUAUGGCGCUUCCUCUGUUCGUCCUUGCUCGACUGGGCGAAUGAGAAAUUGCGCAUUUGUGGAUUUUAAAAAUGAACCAUUGGCUUACCAAGCACAACGUCAAUUAAACGGGCUGAGGUUUCUUGGUAAAGUUUUAUCAGUUGAGAGAGCCACUAAGGCAAACAGAGAUAACAGGCAGCAGUUAAGUGAACCUCAAUUGCAGAAGGAUUUUGCGCAAACUAUCUCUUCAACUAAGGAUGGUUCUGUGGCCAAAGAUCCCAGUGAUGUUUCAGUGUUAAAAGCCCUACCUGUUAGUGAACCUGUUGCUCCAAGACUUGGUGUAGACUAUCCAUUUCCUCCUCACUUCGAGUACGCUUACCCUCCACCAGAUGGAAACAUUUUGACCAACAUUGUAAAUGCUCUUAUUGCCGUCCCUCGCUUCUAUACACAGGUAUUACACUUGAUGAACAAAAUGAAUAUUCCAGCUCCGUUCCGCAUGGCCUUGCCCACUCCGCCUUUGCCAUCUUCAGCACCCGAAGAACCACCACCACCUCCCCCUACUGUAGAUGCAAAGCCUCAUUCACAAGAUCUAUCUAGUGAUGAGUCAGAAAUGGAAUCUUCAGAUGAGGAGGUCAGUGAUAAAGCUUCAGGAGCAGCAAAGUCUGCCAGAAAGCGUAUUCGUCGAGAAGCAAUUGUAGGUCCUGGAGUAGAUAAAGAUGUGGCUCAUGAGGCUGUUGGACUGAAACCUGCCACUCUGGUCCCGAAAGAAAUCCCUGUUAUUAAAAAGAAGAAUCCUGUAUUGCAGAUCAAAAUCGUUCCCAAGGUAAGUCAAGUUGAAAAUAUGGAUGAUAGCAUUAUGAAGGAACCAGAUGAGCCUGUGAAAGAGGAAUUGGACUAUAAACCUUAUGCAACCCCGGAAGAACUUGAAAGCGGAAAGUUGCCUCCAGAACAAAUUUUAUCCCUUCCAAUGUUUAAGAACUAUGCAGCUGGGAAUCCUGCUUCUGUGUUGUACAUAAAGAACUUGGCCAAGGACGUCGCUGUUGAUGACUUCUACUUUAUAUUUGGAUCAUUGUUUGGAAGCAUUGAUGCAGCUAAAUCUUGCCUCAGUGUGAAGUUAAUGCAGGAGGGUAGGAUGAGGGGCCAAGCUUUUGUAACAUUUCCAUCAACAGAACUUGCCCAUCAUGCUCUGAAUCUGGUGAAUGGGUACGUGCUCAAAGGCAAACCAGUGAUCAUACAGUUCGGCCGGAAUCCCUCAGCUGCUAAAGCAACUUAGAUUGAUAUGCUGCCAUUGAAGCAAGUCUUUUUCACUAUCACCAUCAUGGUUGCUUCGGAUUGACCAUACGUGUUUAAGCGGUGGCUCGAAUGUCUGAUCAAAGCCUCGUAGCUUAAGCUUUCUGGGUUUGGAUGGGUGUACAAAAGUGUAUCAGAGCCAACCAGAAGGUUUUGGACAUUCAAUGAGAGAAUCAUAUUUUAUUGAAAUUGAAGUGAAUAGAUGGAUUUAUAACAUAUUUCUCAAUAAGCUACCAAUAAUUCUAUAUAUAA